AUUUUACAUAGUCACAACUCUCUGAGCGCAGGUAUAUGGGACUAGGGGAGAUUAUGUGUUCGGCACGGACUAGAAGGGUCGAGAUGGCCUGUUCCGUGCUGUAAUUGUUAUAUGGUUAUAUGGUUAUAUGGUCUCUGGGUGAGAAAGUGUUUCCUCAUCUCAGUCUGGGCUACCCCUUAUUCUUGAACUGUGACCCUCUGUUUCUGGAUUCCCCCAAAGUCAGGAACAAAUGUUCCUGCAUCUAUCCUGUCCAACCCCUUAAGAAGUUUGGGAGAACCUUGUCUCAGCUUUCAAUUCUGCAAUUUGCCACGUUCCGGGUUGUACGUUGGCCGUUGUUAUCGCACGGCUCCCAUCAUCAUUUACAGUUUACUUUAUGUCUGGAUUUGUGCAGCACCUUGGCCACUCCCGACGUUAUCCAUCAUCUAUGAGUCCGCCACAUCCCACAAACAUGUCAUAACGACACUGAAAGUAUCCAUGCGACCAGAUAGCAUCCCCUACUUUACUUUCUCAAUCGAGUUUGUAAAUGCCCUCCCGCUUCGAUGCUUUCAAUAUUAAUUACCUUAUAACCAAAACGCGUUUUACUUCCUUUAUUGUGUUGUCCAGAAGCGAAAUCGCCGUCGUAUCUGAUGCUCCGAACAAUCGAUUACACAAGAAAUUGCCAGACAUUCCCCAAAAAGAGAAUUCCGGGAUGAACGGACAGCCGGAAGAUUACGGGGGAAAUUCCACGUAGUAAUUCCUUCGUCGUUAGAUCGUGAGACGAUGACUCACCCCGCGUCAUUCAGCUGAUAAAACGAGCGUGUGGAACUUGCACCCUCAACAGCUGAGCGCGUCCACAGCAAGCGAGCAAGCAUGAUCCUCAAGUGCCUCGCCCUAUUUGCAUUGACUGAACGUGUUUUAAGUUCAACGGUGGUGGUGAGAACCAAGCCUACUUUCGAAUGGACCGAUCCAAAUACUCGCGAAAAAUUGUUAUGUGAGAUGUGCGGGCCUGGUACAGUUGUGCUAACACGAUGCACCGCCACACAACAGACAGUGUGCAGGCCCUGCAUAGGCGACCAAUUCAUGAAACACUGGAACCGCUACACAAAAUGCCAUGGCUGCUACCGCUGCGUAGAAGAUGAGCAUGAGAUACACCCGUGCAACGGCACACACAAUCGAGUGUGUCAAUGUGACACUAACUAUUUCUUCAUGUUCGAAUUCUGCAAGAGACAUACCGAAUGCACCUUUGGGCACGGUGUGGUGAUAACAGGAACCCAUUAUCGCGAUUCAACGUGUGAAAAAUGUCCCAGUGGAUUUUUCUCUCCCACACACUCGAGUACGGAUCUCUGUAUUGCACACACAAACUGCAUUGAUGGUUUAGUGGUCAAUGUUCCAGGCAAUCUUUACCACGACACCCUGUGUACCUCCUGCAGUACAUAUGUGGGAACUACAGCAUGUGAUGACGCACUUAUUCAGUUUCUGGCACAUCAGAAGAUCGCAAAAAGGAAACUCAAAAAGUUUAUCCGUUCCCUUGUUACUACUGAAAAUGUUGAGCAAUUACAUGCGGAAAUGUCAAACGGGAAUAGGGAUAUGAUGUAUACAAAGUUAUAUCCUCUUCUGGUGAAAUGGAGAAAAAGAGUCCAGGGGAAGCAUGUUGCUGAGAUGAUAAUCUCAAAACUUGAAAGUGCAAAGUUGAAGAAUGUCGUAACAAGGAUAAAAAAACGUUUUGGUGAAAUGUCAGCUGAGGUCACCUUUAAUCAUUUGCCCUGAAUGGUCCCCAAAAGAGUUGAGUUUAAGGUCAAUAGCAUUUCAAAAGCGGGUUUUUAUUUUAUUCCAGGUUGUAGUUUGUUUAUUGGCCAUUGUGGGAUGCAAGGGAGAGAGAGACAAAACAAACUUGGUUUCCCACUUUUGCUGCCCAGUCCAUCAUCGGCUCCGAUCCCCCCACCAUCGAGGGGGUCUACCACAGUCGCUGCCUCAAAAAGGCUGGCAGCAUCAUCAAGGACCCAGACCAUCCUGGCCACACACUCAUCUCUCCGCUGCCUUCAGGUAGAAGGUACAGGAGCCUGAAACCUGCAACAAACAGGUUCAGGAAUAGCUACUUCCCCACAGCCAUCAGACUAUUAAACUCAACUCAAAUAAAAUCUGAACUUUAAUUAGCCUACUGCACUUUAUAUGUUUAUUUAUGUGUGUGUAUAUAUAGAUUCUAUUGUAUAUGGUCAAACUGAUCUGUUCUGUAUUAUUUAUGCCUGCAAUGUUCUGUUGUGCUGAAGCAAAGCAAGAAUUUCAUUGUCCUAUCUGGGACACAUGACAAUAAACUCUCUUGAAUCUUGAA